AUGUCUACAGACACGGCCAAGCCGCAAACACUGGAAGAGGCGAACCAGCGAUAUGAAGCUUUGAAGGCCCAACUGAAAGAGGGAUUGGAUCGCAAACGACAAACAGAUCAUGACCUAACGGACCUUGAAUCCCAAAUCUAUUUGUACGAAGGUUCUUACCUUAGCAGCACAGCUUUAAGCGGCGGGAACGUGAUUCGUGGAUUCGACUCCUACCUUAAGGCCAACGCAGCUACCGCCACAGGUAUGCGUGUUACUACCUCAGUACAGCCUCCUUCUUCGGAGGAUCGUAUGUUUAGCUCGAGCAGUGCUACAUAUCAGCGAAGUCUGGCUCUUAAGAUGAACGAACCUGUUACGGAGAACAAAAGCUCAGCACCCUCUGCUACUGCUCAACCAUCUGGAUAUAAACUCAAGAAGAAAAACUAA